GCUUAUUGGCACAGAGUUUUCACGUCUGGAAGUAAAACAAUGAAUAUGUGUAUAAAAGCGGUCAUCGUUUAUUCUGUAAGUGCAAAUAAUUGUCGGAAAGAAAUCUUAUCGCUUCGGAAGGAAAAUCACAUCCAGAAAACAAAACUUGAUGCUUUUGGUGAUAAACUGGAUUUUCUUAUGACAUCAAUAACUAAACUUGAAAACGAUAACAAGAGAGAUCAUAUUGCUUAUUAUCACGCAAAAAGAUCGGCAGCCCCUGUAAUCGCCUUUCAUGUCUAUGCAUCCCGCAAUCUGGAUUCCUUAGGAGUACACCAAACAAUACAGUUUGACAUAAUAAUGACAAAUGAAGGCAAUGGUUAUAAUAAAUAUACAGGCACAUUUAUUGUUCCUUCGUCAGGGUUCUACGUUUUUACAUGGACAAUAGAUGUUUCGAAUAGCGUGUGUGCAACUGAGCUUGUUGUAAAUGGUGUAGUUAUUGGAAUUUCUUACCCCGAUUCCUCAGAAAACGAAAACAACGCAAUUUCCACAACUGCAGUUAAGCAAGUAUCGUUAGGAGAAGCAGUUGCUGUAAGAGCCAGGGGAUGCAAACAUUUGCGAAGCGACACAGUUGCCAGAUGUAGUUUUAGUGGAUGGAAGCUUUAA